AUGCCGUCGCGGACCCUGCAGCGGGUGCGGUCGCAGCUGCUGACGAUGCGCGACGACGCGCGCGAGCAGCUGGUUAUGAGGCAUGACAGCGCAGCCCGCGCCGUCGCCACGCCGCGCAUGGCCACGACGACCCCCUCCUCCACCCUCGCGGCGCGCCUGAGCGUCAUCCCGCACGGCAGCGGGGCUUGA